AUGAUGUUGCUCGUAAUUGCUUCGAUCCCGAAUGUUCUCCAUCUUCCCCAAUUCAUUUCAAUAAACCAAAAACACGAUCGACAUCGCUACGUUUGUUGCUUUGGGAAGAAUGGGGAGAGUAACGGCUUAUCCACAGGUUCUUUUGAGAGGGACCGCGAUUACAUGGAGGUGCAUCAGAAGCAGUUGCAAUCUAUCAAUAACAAAGCAGAGAAACAGACUGACAUUUGGCAACUAUUUAAGGAAGCACAGCAAAAUAUUCUAUACUUGAACAAACAACGCCUAAUGGCAAUUGAAGAGCUUGACAGAGUGAACAAUGAAAAGCAAUCAUUAGUUAAUAAAAUAGAGCAACUGGAGGCAAAACAGCAGGGCAACACCAGAAGAGACAAGCUCGCAAUCAGCUCCGAGUUGCUGCUUAGGAUAGAUUCGAUGGUUCUCACUGGCAUAAUUGGCGGUAGGGAGGCAUCUGAUUUUAGAAAGUUAUUAAUGGAUUCAAGAGGUGGUGUGGCUGAUGACUUCUAUGACACCAUUUACAAAAAUGAUGCUGAACUUCUGGCAAAGCUGCGCCACUUCUCUGUAAAAGGAAAAAAGAAGGGCUUUCACAUAGUCCACAUCUGUACUGAAAUGGAACCAGUGGUCUCUGUUGGAUUUUUGGCAUCAUACGUGACAGGCAUAUCUCGUGCCCUGCAGAAGAAGGGAAAUCUUGUUGAGGUUAUUUUGCCCAAGUAUGCAGAAUUAAAUCUAGAUGAAGUUCAAGGGUUCCGAGAAGUCGAAGCACAUUUUUACUCAUACUUUAAUGGUCAAUUGCAUGAAAAUAGGGUCUGGACUGGGGUUGUCCAUGGCAUUGGAGUUACUUUUAUACAACCUGUGUAUUAUUCGUCAUUUUUCAGCCAAGAGAGAGUGUAUGGUUACUCAAAUGACUUCGAAAGAUUCACCUAUUUCUCACGUGCCUCACUGGACUAUAUAGUUAAAUCAGGAAAACAACCUGAUGUUCUUCAUAUACACAAUUGGCAAACAUCUAUUAUUGGGCCUCUCUUCUGGGAUAUUUUUGUCAAUCAGGGACUUGAAGGCACUAGGAUAUUGUUGACCUGCCAGGGCUUUGAUUCUCAGUGUCUUGAGCAACCUGAAAAGCUAGCCUUAUGUGGACUUGAUCCUUCAAGACUAUACCGUCUCGAUCGCCUGCAAGAUAACAAGAAAGCUCACCUUGUCAACAUUUUAAAGGGUGGAGUUGUAUACUCCAAUAAAGUCAUAAUAAUGCCAUCCAUACAAUCGAAAGACCAUAUUAUUAGUGGAUUGGGUCAUGGCUUGGAACCCACCUUAACUACUCACAAGGACAAAUUGCUGAUUGCUCCUUGUGGAUUUGAUAAAUCAACUUGGGAUCCUUCCCUUGACAAAUUUCUUCCACAAAACUAUAAUGCAGAUAAUGUGAAAGGGAAAUCUGUGUGCAAGGCCUCAUUGCAGCGGCACCUGGAUUUACCUCAACAGGCAUCCAAAAUUCUCGUUGGAUGCAUAUGCUCAGACAUUUCAGAUUUUGACCUGGAGAGCUUAAAGAUGCUCGUGUGGAUGGCUUCUAAAAAGGGCAUUCAGUUUAUCUUUAUGGGAUUUAGUCAAUCUACAGGCACAAGCAUGGCCUUGGAAUUUUUUAAGGAAGAAAUGAAGGAUGGAAAUGUGAGAUUCAUAGACAACUACGAUGAUGAAUUAUCACAUUUAAUAUUUGCAGGGUCUGACAUUAUGUUGUGCUCGUCUUUUCAUAAUCUUCUGCUUCAAGUGCCGCUCAAGGCCCUGAAAUAUGGAGCAGCUCCCAUUGCAGUACGUUCUACUGACAGCAGAUUUGGGCACUUUGGAGAUCAUGAUAUGGGGAGCACUGAAUUCUCACAGUUCAUCAACAAAACCUUUGCGCAAAUGUCAUUGAGCCAAGCUGUCGAGGAAAUUACAAACAAUCCAUCAGAAUGGAACCGAAGGAUGACAGAUGCAAUGAUGAAGGAUUUUUCGUGGGAUGCAGAAUGCUCUGAUAUACAUAUUCAUGCCUAUUCAUCAAUAAAAGAACUGUAG